AUGGGUUCAAUUUCAAUCGAAGAUAAAGAAAUUGUUGGUGAAUAUAACACUGAUCUUUUUUGUAAUAACAACAAUCUGGUUCCAGAUAAGAAUGUAAAUGAUUUUUACAAUGAGAGUAUUGAUAUGUUGUUAAAAACCAUUUCCAAAGCUAUUGAAGCUUCUUACAUUACAAAUGAUCAAAUUAUCAAUUUGCUAUUGGGAAGAACUGGUGCUGGAAAGACAACGAUCACUCAUUAUCUCUGUGGAGAGAAAAUGGUACUUAAAGAUGUGGUUACGGUGGUCGAUAUUGAAGGUACCAAAGACACCAUUGUCGAAAAGAAAAUAGAUGUUGAAGAUCCCAAUGUCAAAGGAGGUUCCAUCUGCCAUGAAAAGAAAUCUGGAACCAAACUAAUGUCCUGUAAAUCCACUCAUGAUGGUGAGAUCUUUGCUGAUACUCCAGGAGAAUUGGAUGAUCAAGGUCCUGCCGCUGAUCUUGCUCAUUCAAUUGGUGUAACCAAAGGAAUCCAUUGUGCCAAAGGAGUCCGUCCAGUAAUUGUACUUGACAAAGAUACAAUUACAUCAGUUAGAGGACCUGAGUUUGACCAAAUUCUGGAUUUCUCAUCAAAUCUAAUUGAGAAUAUUCAAGAUAGAUUGAAUUCAUUUUCAUUCUUAUUCACUCAUUUCGAUUGUAGUAAACCAGAGGUUGAAAACUAUGAAUUAAUCAAAACUAAUAUACUCAAACAAGCCAAAUAUGAAAAGGAGAAGGAUCCUAAUAACAAUAGAGUUAAACUUCUCAAUUUCAUUUACUUUGGUAUCUCUGGUAAAAUUGAUUUGCUUAAGGUUGGUGCUCAAACUGAAGGUUCCUACGUUCACAUUGUAAAUCCACUCAAUCCAGAGGCCAUCCCUGACAUUCUAUCAAUGAUUAAGAGUCGUCAACCAAUUGAGAAUCCAAGUCAAGUAUUCAAAUACAACAUAUCUAAUGCUUCAAGUAUAUUCAUUGAUCAUCAAUGUGUAUCUCUCCAAUUCAAAAUCAGUCAAUCCAUUGAGAGAGGAAACUAUUCUCAAGCUGCUGAAUGUUUGGAUUUAAUCAAACUGUUGGAAAACAGACUGGGUUUAAAAUCAUUAAAAGAAUCUUACAAAGUAUCACAAGAAGAAAUAACCACACAUUACAACCAACUUUGUUCUGAUGUCAAAUUAUAUCUUGCUGAUGUUCUGAAACCAGCCUGUUCUCUUUCAAUGGAACAAUUGGUCCCACGUUUAUCAUCAAUUAAAUUCAUUUAUCAUCUCAUGAAACAAAGAGAUUCAGAAGAGAAAACACAUUUUACAAAUAACAAUGAAUCAUAUGAUCAUGUCAUUCAAUGUCUCUUGCAAAUUUCAAAUGAUUGUGAAAGUUCAUUCAAUACAAUCAUGUCUUUCUCUGUUCUCAAAGAUCAAAUCGAUAAACUCUGUUCACUUUCAAAAUUCAAUGAUCUAUUCACACCUGUCAAAUCAAAUGCAAUACAAUCAUUGACAAAGAGAAUAAUAUAUCUAAUUGAUGAUCAUCAAAUCAAAUCAAAAACACUUUUCUUAUUUUUUUUGCAAAGUUCUAAAAAUGAAGUUUUGUUUUUUCAUGGCAAAUAUUAA